UAUGUGCACCUGUCUCACACCCUGUUAUAUGUGCACCUGUCUCACACCCUGUUAUAUGUGCACCUGUCUCACACCCUGUUGUACGUGCACUCUGUUCUCUAUGCACAGUCUCACAUUCUCUGUCCACAUUAGCCACUAGACUACAGGCUGAAUUUGGGUCAGUGCUUUCUGCCCGGCAACAGAGGUCCAUCUUAGUUUCUCUAGUAAAUGAAAACAGUCUCUUUGUGUUAAAUCUACUCCAUUUAAAUGGAAUACUAAUAGAAAUACUACAUAUUUAAGGUGCACUCCUCUAAUUUUGUCUAUUGGUUUAUAGGCUUAUAUCAGUCCCUGUCUUUAUUAUUUAAUUGGCUGAUUUAACUCGGUGGGGAAAUACAUGUGGACUGAAAGUAUUUAGUGUAACAAUUAGGGUAGCAGUAAUUUAGAAUGAAAAUCUAAUACUUAAUUCACUCAAGGGACCAAGAAGCAGGCAAGAUUAGUUUCCUAAAAUGAGUAGUACUUAUUUUGGGCCAGAAGAGGGCAGUGUAGGCAUUCCAGACAGUCUAAAAGCACAAUUUCCCUUACACUUUCCUUAAGAAUCAGGGGACGAGGGAUUGACUUCCCCUGAAGCUCGCAAACUCAAGCGAUUACCGGAGAUAAAUGUUUUUUUAAUGGAAUAGUUUUGAAUGAACUUCAAUGGAGGAGUUGGCUUUUUGGCACCAGGGGCUUACUAAACUGCCAUACCUCCGAUAACCACUGGAGUUCGCAAGCUUGUGGGAGCAUGUCAAUCCCUGGUCCUUUUUGCAGUGGGGCCCCCUUUUUCCCAAAGUGCCAAAUCUGCCACUUUGAUUAAUAAAAAAAGAAAUUCCCGAUUUAACAUCGGGUAUUCAGUCAGAAUUAAUACAAACUCUGGUGUGGCCUCCUGGGGACUUAUUAGGCUUAUUUAUGUACAGGAACGGUGUAUCACACACGGUCAGCCAAAAGGUUGAACCCAGGUUGAUUUCGGUAUCAUUAAGAAAAACUCAUAACCCUACAGUAUAAUCUAGAAGCAACAACACAGUAUAUACCUCUUUACAGUCUUUACAGUGUUUGUGCAAUAUCUGAACUGCGUCAACUGGGUGAAAACAUAAUGAGAUUGAGUGGUCACCUGCCGCAUCAUAGUCGUAAACUGACUGAGCUAGAUUAUCGCAAACGGAUAUCUAUGGUGUGCCCUGCCCACACCAUCCUCCUCCUCCACAGCAGCAAUGCGUCCACUGCGGCUGCUCAACAUGGCGGCCUCUAUCGCACCGAUACGCUCAUCCACAUUAUACAGCCGUGUCUUCCAACCAUGUUGUCGAACAAAAUUCAGGGCUUACAGGAAGAGUGGGAUCCAGCGGAGGCAUUUCCAUUUAACAGACGCCAGUUACGCUGCUACAGUAAUCUCAGGAACAGAGCUGGCCCGGCAGAUUCACAGAGAAAUACAACGUGACGUGGAAGAGUUGGUAUCUCAAGGUAAUAAGCGACCGCAUCUGAGUGUCAUCAGAGUGGGAAACGACCCUGCCAGCCGCUCCUACGUCCGAAACAAAACCAAAGCGGCUACAGCGCUGGGGAUCUGCAGUGAGAUGCUGGUAAGGCCCGCCUCCGUGUCACAGGAGGAGCUGCUGGAGAUGAUUGACACCCUGAACCGUGACUGGAGAGUGAGCGGCCUGUUAGUACAACUUCCUCUUCCAGAGCACAUUAACGAACGGGCGGUGUGUAACGCCAUUGCUCCAGAGAAGGAUGUGGACGGGUUCCAUAUCGUCAACAUCGGGAAGCUGUGCCUUGACCAAAGAUCCAUGGUGCCUGCCACACCUGCAGCCGUGUGGGAAAUCAUCAGGAGAACAGGCAUCCAGACAGUGGGGAGGAACGUGCUUGUUGCAGGGCGCUCGAAGAACGUUGGGAUGCCCAUUGCUAUGCUGCUGCACACGGACAGGAGACACGAACGCCCAGGGGGUGACGCCACGGUAACCAUCGCUCACAGAUGUACUCCCAAGGAGCAACUGAAGGAGCUCACCUGCCUCGCCGAUAUCGUCAUUGCCGCUGCCGGGGUCCCUAACCUGAUCACCGCAGACAUGGUGAAGCCUGGGGCCGCGGUCAUCGAUGUGGGAAUCAGCCGCAUUCAGGACCAGACCGGGACCGUUCGGCUCAUUGGGGACGUCGACUUUGAGGGGGUGAAAACUAAGGCCGGAUUCAUCACUCCGGUUCCAGGAGGGGUGGGGCCUAUGACUGUCGCCAUGGUAAUGAGGAACACAGUGACAGCUGCCAGAAAUGCACUGACACACUGAGUACACACGCACAACAACCACAAACGCAGGAAGGCACACGUACAAACAAACAUCGGUACAAACACUCGCACGUGUACACUGUGCAUACUUCCAACGCUGGUGCAGCACCUGUCAGUCAUAUUUCGAAGCCACACCCGCAUUGAACAGUAUCAGCCGUCGUGGCUGCAAAUGUCACAGUUUCCUUAAAGGUUAGCUGACCCGUUUUAUUAAGCAAAUAUGUUCUCAACUGUUUUUUACAGAUAGUUCAUGUCAUUAAACCAAUUACAAAAAGCUAGAUAGAGCUGUGCAGUCAGACACCAGUAUUAAAGGGUUUUGAGGUGGUUCUUCACACUGGUUUAGACCUUAAAAGUGUUUUGAGCCUUGCAGCUGCAGUAAGUAAAUGUUUAAAAUGGCCGCUCAUAACUCCUACAGUGUUUGUGCUGACACAAACACAGCUGGGGCACGGGCCCUAUUUGACCCUGAAUGCAUCUGUAUUCGGCCUUGUCCAAUCAGACCACAGGUACACACACACACACACACACACACACACACACACAUGCAAUCGUGUCAGCCCGCACACACACUAAAAUUUGUGUUCGUUUAUUUAUUUAUUUAUGUAUGUAUGUCUGUAUUUAUUUUUAUUUAUUAAUUUAUUGGUAUGUAAUUUAUUUUUUUAGAUUUGCAUUUUUCUAAUGUUAUAUGGUUUGGUUGUGGUUCUAAGUUCUGCUGUCAUGCCCGGCCAGCCACUGUGGACGUGAGCAAAACCAUCAUUCUGUAAGAAAUGAAAUAAAGCAUCUUGAGUAUGAA